AAGAAUUUAAACGUGAAGUCACUAAUUAUACCAACCUAGGUACCUAGGGGUAGAAUGCUAACCUGUAGUGUCCUUAGCGCUAGGCUAGGCCCUGUCAAUUUGCCCAAAUUACCUAGGUAGGUACCUACAUGUAGGUAGGUCUGCUAGAGCAUCGCUUUACUAUGUAUCUUCUCUACCUAUGUAGGUACCUUCUGCGCCCGGGCUGCCGGGCUGGUUAUUGGUCGAGUAUUAUGCCAUUGACCUCAUUGAAUACCCUCGACCUAUCUAGCUACCUAAAUCAACCAGAACAAUCAGUUAGACAUUGAGAUACCCGCUUCCCACAUAUAUAGGCAGCCAAAUCUCCCCGAAAAAAAGAAAAUGCCGACUAGAAUACCCACACCAGAAGACUUCAACCACUUAUCACCCUCAUUGCAUAUAUCAUUGGUUUUCCCCGAAGUCCGGGAGUUGACAACAGCUAUUCUCAUUCUCUUUCAUGGUCUCGGAGAUUCGGAAGCUCCAUUCACUUCCUUUCCGAGAAAUCUGAAUCUACCAGGCGUCCUUUCCAUCUCUGUUCGUGGAGUAUCUCCGCUACCUCCGGCAUUACUCGGUCAGUCACAUUCCGAAAUCGCAGGCCCAGCCAGACAUUUUCACUGGGGAGAUGAUUUGACUCUGUCACCAUCUACAGGAGACUUGGAAUCUGACCCUGGUUUCUCCAAGGCCGAGUACCUAGUCUUAGGAAAGUUGGUUCGCGAGACGCUUAUCGAGAAAUGCGGAUGGAAUACAAAUGAUAUUAUCCUCUUUGGAUUCGGCCAAGGUGGCUCUCUGGCCCUUGGCCUGUCAUCAAGGAUUCGUGAAGGUGAGAAGGUUCUAGAUAUCACUGAAGGAGACAAGGGUACAUCAUCAUGCUUUAAAGGGUCUGUAUCAAUCGGUGGACCAUUGCCCUCUAGUAUGAUACCUACGAUAAGCACUAGAGAAAAAUCUCGAACUCCAGUCUUAAUAUGUCAUGGCAGAUCAAGCGAAUCUCUUAACGAGGACGACAUAGAUCUGUUAAAGAAAGAGUUCCUUGACGUGCGGGAAGUUAAGUGGAAGAAAUCCGAUGAUAGCAUGCCUAAAAAUAGGGAUGAGAUGCUUCCAAUUAUGCAGUUUUUCGCUGAAAGGCUACGCGGGUGAUAAGCCCAUUGAUGUAUCAUGGAUGAGAAGUGAUAGGGCUGGAAGAUGAGACAUUACACAUCACGAUAUGCGGGGUAUAGACCAUCGGAUCUGCAUGUAGAAAGAAAGAAAGAAAAGGUAUAAAUAAAU